UUUUAAGCCACCAUCUUUCAUUUAAAUCUGCAAAACCCCCCCUCCCCUUCUUUCUCCCUUGAACCCCUCCUCUCCAUAUACCCGUCCCUUACAUUCUUCGCAUUUUUCCAUCUGUCCAGAUCAGAAGGCUAGAUUUCCUUCUCGCAAAAAGUUUCAGAGAAUCAAAUACGAUAUAGCCGAUAGUUGUGGAAGAGGUUGUGGAAAAAGAUGCCGCCGGCAGCGGGCCUUGUAGCUCAGUCUAAUCGGUCGAUGCUGAUGCCGAAUGUGAUGUCGUCCGCCGUUCAUCCGCCUCCGGCUGUGGUAUCGGAUUCCUUCGCCAAGGACGCCGUGAUUGCGUGGUUCAGAGGAGAGUUCGCCGCCGCCAACGCCAUCAUAGACGCCCUCUGCAACCAUCUGACGCAGCUGGAAGGCGGCGCGGGAUCCGAGUACGAAUUGGCCUUCACCGCAAUUCACCGCCGGAGGCUCAAUUGGAUCCCGAUUCUCCAGAUGCAGAAGUACUACUCGAUUGCAGAUGUGGCCCUCGAGCUCAGGAAAGUCGCCGCGAGAAAAGCGGAGGUCGUCGCGUCGACGGCGGCCAUGUCCAGUAGUGAGAAAGAGAACGUCGUGGAAAUGAACAUGAACGAUUCACGCGCUUCACGGGAGGAAGCCGUUGUUAAUACCGAAAGUGGAGGCGGUGAGGCCGUUUAUGAAGAUACGAUCAAAGACGACUCACAUGGUUCCCCUGAAAGUGAGAUCGCCGAUUCAGGAUCACAAGAUGUUCAGCCCAUCCAUGAACAUAUCAAAUUCUGCUCUCUUCAUGAAAACUGCGAGGAACGCCGUUCUCUGUUUAAGAUGACCAAAGGGUUCAUGGGUAGGGAGCCAGUGAAAGGGCAUACGGUGAAUGUUGUUAGAGGUCUUAAGUUGUAUGAAGACAUUUUCUCUCCAAUUGAACUUUCAAAAUUAAGUGAUUUUGUGAAUGAACUCAGACUCGCUGGUCGUAAUGGAGAACUCUUAGGUGAGACUUUCAUUUUGUACAACAAGCAAAUGAAGGGUAGCAAAAGGGAGUUGGUUCAACUUGGUACUCCUAUUUUCGGCCAUGUGAAGGAAGAUCUUGCAUCUCAAAAGAGCAGUAAUGAGCCCAUUCCAGCUCUUCUCGAACUUGUCAUUGAUCACCUUAUUCAGUGGCAUUUAAUUUCAGAGAACAGGAGACCAAAUGGAUGUAUCAUCAACUUUUUUGAUGAGGGGGAAUACUCACAGCCUUUUCUGAAGCCGCCUCAUUUAGAACAGCCUGUCAUUACCCUUCUCCUCUCAGAGUCAACAAUGGCAUUUGGUCGAGCUCUUGCAGGUGACAGUGAGGGAAAGUACAGAGGAUCCCUCAUACUUCCCCUUAAGGAAGGAUCACUUUUGGUGAUGAGGGGGAACAGUGCUGACAUUGCAAGGCAUGCAAUGUGCUCAUCCCCAAACAAAAGAGUUAGCAUCACAUUCUUUAAAAUCAGGACAUGCAGUGAUGAGAGCAAUAAUCCAUCUGAUGUUGUACCCCCAUUGACAAAAGCCAUGACCUUGUGGCAACCUAGCAUUCCUCCUCCCUACACCUCUCCAAAUCUAAACCACUUGCCUGCCUAUGACACAACAACAACAAUGGAUAUAAUACCUAGAAGUCUUAUUCGCCCACCUCCCGUGGUCAUGUUGGCUCCUGUUCACCCGCUUGUCCUUAGCCCCCGGAAGCUUCCUCGUGGCGGAACAGGGGUUUACCUGCCCUGGACCGUCAGAACCACCAGGAGGCAUCACGUCAAGCAUCUUCCACCUCGUGCCCAGAAACAACGGUUCCAGCUGGCUCUGCCCCCUUCCCCGGCUGAACCAGAGGCCCCAUCUACUGAGCCAAGUGUUGACCUUCCCUGAUAUUUAUACUUUGAUGGUGUGCCUUAAGCUCUUAGGGGUAUAGUAGUUGAUUUUAUUACGUCUGCAAAUUUAAAUCUGUGUAUUGUUUCAAAGAACUUCCCAGUGUACCAAAAGAAGUUCAAGUUAAAAAGAUGAAAGAGAAAAGAAAAAUCCUU